CACUUGGACAAAAUCAAAACCCAAUUAAACUCUUAUUGCCUCUCUCCAUUCGAGCAAAUCACCCACGUCCCGCCUCCAGCUCAAAAUCACUGUCGAGCUCCCGCCCUCAGUCCCGCUCUCAACCAUCUCUCUCUCUCUCUCUCUCUCUCAGCUUCUCUCAGACGCACUCUCACUCCCAUUUUCUCACACAGUCUCAAACCAUGUCGUCGGAGCUUUCAACCAUCAAAGCUUGCUUGCGAGGUUCUUGAAGAAAGCAAGCUCGUUCUUUCGAAGUAGAUUGGAGACUGAGGAGAAGCAAGUGGUCAGACUAAGGUUGUAGCGGAAGCUCUGUCAUUUGGGCAAGAGUUGAAGCUGUGAAGAACAAUGACAAUGUGUACCUUGGAUCAAGAACCCAGCUGAAUAAAGAGACAAAAUUGGUCAAAAUUUUAAGUAAGGGUUUUAACUUGGCCUCAAGGAGUUUCCCAGUCAUAAGUACUGUAAAUGGGUGUCAGGAAUGAAGAAGAGGAGUUCAGUACUGGACCACUCUCGAUUCUUAUGAUGAGUGUCAAGAAUCAUACACAGGUCCUCAUCAAUUGCCGCAACAAUAGAAAGCUUUUUGGCACUAUGAGAGCAUUUGAUCGGCAUUGCAACAUGGUUCUGGAAAAUGUCAAGGAGAUGUGGACUGAGUGGUUUUUCUUACAACUCUCAAUGGUACAAUACCAAAGGAAUGGGCUUCAAGCUUGCAGUGAUUUUACUAACAACCAUCUUGGGAGAUCAUGCAAAUUGUAUUCAUUUUUAUUAUCAUGUAAAGCUCAUGAAACUUGAAAGCUUGUUAAGCUAAUGAAAUAGAUAUAGGCACUUAGGCAAGGUUAAUUCCUAUGUAAAUCUUGGGAUGAAUACUGCUCAUGGAAUAAAAUGGUUUUUGGAAUCAAGGAUGUGUUGUUCAAUUGUACA